ACUCCAGUCCACCUUAAAUCAACCAAACCAAAACAUCUAACUAAAAUAGUCCACCUUAAAUCAACCAAACCAAAACAUCUACCUGUGUUCCGAACACCGCCUCCCUGCUCUGACGUCCACCGGCUCAGCCAGUCACACGCGAGCCUUGCGUUAUCAGAGGGACCGCCGCACCAAUCACAGCGCGACGAGGCGUUCUACUUGCCUCAAACUUAGAGCGAAGGUAUGCGUGCAGCUGCAGACUUACAGCUGAGAGACACCCGCGCGCGGCACCUGGACGGAAUUCGGGGCGAAAUUCAAAUCGAUCGCUCUUCCAAUAACAUAACUUGCACCAACCGCGUAAUAAAUACGAAAUAUUCUCAGAAAUAAAAAUUCGGUGUGAGCGAGGGACCAUAUUAAUUAGAGCGCUAGCUGCCCUGUCUGGCUAUAUGUUCUUACUGUGAAAAAGGCAAGUGAUGCUAUUUUUAUUGAAUAUGUUAAAUAUCUGUAACCAGCGGAUACCGGCAGUGUCGAAACAGCAGAGUUAGUCGGGUCGCAAUACAUAUUUAAUUUUUGUUGUUUAGUUUAAUUUUAUAAUUAAGUAAGUAUCCGUGCUGUAGCUAGCUUUGGUGGAAAAAACAGUGUAUGUAUUUAUAACGCACAAAAAACAACAACUGUACGUUUACUAUACUUUUUAUAGUAAUAUAAAAACUGUUGAUUUUUUUAUAUAUAAUUGAGGUAUCCUCAGAUUUUGAGGGGAGCAAUCAAAGCACAACACCAGAAAAGGAAUAGUUAUAUCUUAAAAAAAGCACUACCGGCAGAACAAGAAACUGUGUCUGACGCAUCAGGGGUCCUCGGUGCCUCGUUUACCUGGAGAUCCACGCCCAGCCUGCCUGCUCUGAAGGGAUGACGGAAAACAACGAGAAGGAAAAUGAGCCUCAGAACCUGGCGGUCCAGCGCUCCCCGGGGACCGUGUCCAUACAGCCCGUGUCCAAGUUGCAGAGGCUGAAGCGCUCGCUCUCCUUCAAGACCAUGAUCCGCAGUCGAAGCGUCGAGAACUUCUUCCAGCGUUCCAACAGCGAGAUCCGUCUCCCCGGCGACCUCAUCACGGCCCCGCCCCCUCCCCCUUCCCCGCCCCCGGCUCCCAGCCCCGCCUCCAGCCCUAACACCGCCCUCACCUCUAAGCCCCCCACUCAGCUCCGCCCCCUCCGUACUCACUGCUUCCAGGAGCACGUGUUCCGAAAGCCCACCCACUGCCAGCUCUGCAACCACAUGAUCGUGGGGAACUCCAAGCAGGGGCUGCGCUGUAAAGCCUGCAAGCUUGGCGCUCACUUGUGGUGUUCAUCGGAACUGUCACAGCAGCAGUGCAAUGGCAAGGCGGUGAGAGAGGGGUCGGGGGCAUUCAAGCGGAAUUUCAGCUCCCCCCUCCUGGUGAAUGACCAGCUGUGUGUGGUGAAGGAGACCCCUCCCCCUGCAGGGAAGGCCCGUGUGGACCCUGUGUACGAAACUCUGCGCUACGGGACCUCCCUUGCUCAGCUGGAACGCUCCAGCUUCGGCAGCGUCUCUGAGUCCCCUACCAGGAGCCUGAAUGAGCGGGAUGAGGGCGGAGAGGACGGGGAGGAGAGCCUGCGGAGCGGAGAGGAGGAGAUGGGCAGCCAGGAAAGCGAGAAGGCUGUGUCGGAGGACAGAGUCAGCUUGAAGACCCCCUGCAGACUCGAGGGGCCCCCAAAGCACUCCUACGUGGCGCUCUACAAAUUCCUCCCUCAAGAAGUGAACGACCUGGAGCUGCAGCCAGGUGACAGGGUGCAGGUGACAGACGACUCCAAUGAAGACUGGUGGAAGGGUAAGAGCGCGGACAAGGUUGGCUUCUUCCCAGCAAACUUUGUCCAGAGAGUGCGGCCGGGUGAGAGGGUGUGGAGAGCCAGCAACUCCUACCAGGGCAGGAGGGAGCUGGGACAGAUGAGUGUGAAAGAGUGCCAGAUCUGCGUUGGGAAAGGUGAGGACAGGGAAGGCUUUCUGAAGGUGAGCAGUGGUAAGAAGAGGGGUCUGGUACCCACAGACUCGCUGGAGGAGAUCUGAGCCGCACCCAGCCUUCACUGUGCACUCCCCCGGCACCCCACACUGGAGCUGUGAAAGAGGAGCGGGGGCUGAACCCCCAAACUGACCAGCACCCCAACACCGGAGCCGGGGGACCACCUCGAUUUCAAUGAGCUGCACAGUAACAUCACAGCAUCACUUGAACCUUUCUAUCACACCACCCCAGGCGGGCUUUGGGGCUGUGUACUGGUUCAUACUGGUGUCUACUGGGAUGCACUGGGAUCUACAACUGGACACGAGCUCCCAGUCCACUCUGCUUCCGCUCGGUUUUGUUUUGGGGAUCGGGAGGCAUGUUCAGGUCCUGUCGGGUCUCUGGUCGGCACUGCUCAUCGUUUGUUUUCCUUCCAGGAGGUUUUAACUGGUCUUCAGGUCUCCAGACUGGGGUUGUGUGGCCCCUGGAAUAUUGUUCGAAACACAGCCUGGGCACCUCCCCCUCUCUCCUCUACUCUGCACCCUGCAGAUCACACUUUACAGACAAGCCCUACGGACAACUUGCACCACGCUUCCUUUCCUUUUUCAUUUGCACAAGGGAAAUAAAUCUGUUCCCUCUCUCCUCAUUGCGGCAAUCGAUCAGGGCAGAGUACUUUAUGACCCUUACAAAACUAAAGUGUAAUAAAGCAUGCAUAGCUAAGCAUUGUAAAGCACAGAGAGGUAUGGUAAAGCAUAGGGAAGCAUUGUAAAGCACAGAGAGGGAUGGUAAAGCAUAGGCAAGCAUUGUACAGCACAGAGAGGUCUGGUAAAGCAUAGGGAAGCAUUGUGAAGCACAGAGAGGUAUGGUAAAGCAUAGGGAAGCAUUGUAAAGCACAGAGAGGGAUGGUAAAGCAUAGGCAAGCAUUGUACAGCACAGAGAGGGAUGGUAAAGCAUAGGGAAGCAUUGUAAAGCACAGCGAGGUAUGGUAAAGCAUAGGCAAGCAUUGUAAAGCACAGAGAGGUAUGGUAAAGCAUAGGGAAGCAUUGUAAAGCACAGAGAGGUAUGGUAAAGCAUAUUAAAAAACAGACCAACCAUGGUAGAAGCACAGUAUAACCAACAGGGUGAAAACUGCAAAAUGACGGCAAAUAAAUGUACCGCAGUAAACUUUUAGAAGGGAAGUCGUUUUUAAUGCUGUGUUUGCAUGUCAGUGUGGUUGCUGUGGCUGUGCAGGAGAGUUUGCAAACUCAAUGGCUCUGCUUGUUCCUUGUUGAACGCAUCACACGCCUGUCUGAGUGUCAUUUGGAGGGGAGGAAUCAGGAGCAUGUGGAUUUUAAGACGCUGAUAUUCAGAGGGGAGAGGGGAGAGGGGAGGGGGGUAGCUCGAUCUCCAGUUUGGUCUCUGUGUCUCUCUGUCCUUCACCAGGGAGAAUUUAUUUAAACACACAGAGUCUUUCUUAGGGAUGUUAAUAGUUUAUAGCUUAAUAUUUUCCUAAACGUAUCACUGUCACAGAUAUGCAUGAUAUAUAUAGAGAGUUCAGCUGUAGUGUUUAGACAGUAGGACGCGUGCAAUGUGAGGUUAUUCAUUCAGUUAAUAGGGGUAUGUUUUGAUUUCGCAGCGCGUCAGAGAAAGCUACGGCCGCUUAAUGGAGGGCUGAUCCAGCUUUUAUUUUGGGGGGGGGGGGGGGGCAAGUUACUAAAAAUUCCCAUUACGUUUAAACGUUUAAACUUGUUUAAAUGCUACAUUUUAAAUGAACAUGCCUGCUCUUUUUACCUUUCCUAAUAAUAGUUGUACUGUAUGUAUCGAUAGCUAUAUAGUUAGUUAGUGAAUUAAAACGAAUACAUAUCGUAAAUGGAGGCUGCAUGAAAGGCUGAAGGCUGUGUAUCUAGCCGCGUAGUUGCUAGAUAGUUCACAGGUAGAUUCUUCACAUGUCACUUUUUUAUUUUUUAACAGCGUUGACUCUGCAGUUGGUUGAUUGGUUUCGAUCGCGUUGAUUUGAAGACGCUGAGAAACGUCUAGCAGUAGAAACGCCAUUCAGCUCAUUCGUUUUUCUUUGUAUUUCUAAAUGUUGAACGGGCAGAUGUGGGGGCGAGGGGUUUGAGUGACUGAGAGUGGAUUCUGCAGGGCAGGGAGAGGAUUGUGGCGGCUGGGAUCUGAAUUUGGUUAAGGACCAGUGAGACAUCAUUUCUAAGUUGCUAUAGAAACCCGUUUUGUUGCGGUGUUCUGCCCCUGAGUCGCUGCUCUUGUUGCCCUGCGCAGUGUCGUCCUGAAUUCAGACCGUAAGGGAAACCAGUGAGGUCUUUGUCGAUUUGCAUUUGUUGUAAAGUGUUUUAAGUUGAGAUGUUAGAGGGCUGUGUGUGUGUCUUUUGUGGACCUUGUUUAAUAACUGAAGGCUGGUGAAUAACGCUUGGGUCCACGUCUUAUGAAAAGGAUUACGGGAGUUCACUCUCUUUCUCCCCCUCCCACUCAGUAUUUUUUUUUUUUUUUUUUUGAGGAUCCCGGUUUGCUAAAAAUAUAUGACUCUUCUUGUUAACUGGCAGUCAGGUAUGCUGCCUCUUCCGCAAUAAGGCAAUAAUUACAGUUUGGUGAGUUCACCUUUUUCUUCUGCCAAUAAUGAAAAAAUAAUUCUGUAAAAAAAAACAACAACAUAUAAAUCUAAAUAUAUAUAAAGCAGAAAAAAAUAUCUGCAUAUGCAUGAAAACAAUUGAUGAUUCUGAGAGACAAACUUUCCAGCCAGCGUUAAUAAAGUCCCUAGUUAUA